AUGGCCACCGAGCAGGACAUGCUCUCCCCGCCUCUGAGCGGGCGCGCUCACAAGUCGCAGGAGCCCCGCAUCGCGGCGGCGGGCGUCAUCGCGGCCCACGGCGCCCUCAACGCCGUCUGCCAGCGCAAGGAGAGCUCGCUGCACCGGGGCAUGUCUGCCGGAGUGCACCACCUCGGCUAUGCGCCCGAGUUCGCCAACGGUGCCGGAGAUCGGUCCGCCGCCGCCGUCGCCAUCGGCAGUCCUGGAAAGAAGCGCGGCAGCUCCAUGAGCAAGGCCGAGGACAGGAUGCUGACUCCUCCGCUCAGCCGCGACACGCGCAUGGACGGUGGAAGGACCGGCUCGACGCCGGGCUCGAGGUCGCUCUCGGAUGGCGAGCUCGAUGUGCACGUCGCCAGCACCUCUUACCGACCAACGGCACGCGGCGACCACGGCGCUGACGCCAGCCUCGAGUCCGCACAGGUUCGCAGCAGGAAGAGGCAAAGAGGGCCCGUGGCAUCGGCAGAGUCGGACGACGAAGAAAACCCCUUCAUGGCGCGCCCCCGACCCUCGUCGUCAUCGUCAUCGUCUUCGCGUCACCAGCUCGCCCAGACUCGCUCAUCAUACGUCGAGCCCGAUUUCGUCUCGGAUGACGAGGAGAUGAGGGGCGCAGGCGAGAACGAGUCGGACGACGGCGAGACCACGCCGCGACCGGCCACCAGGGCGAGGCUGGCGCUGCCGACAGGCGACCACGUGCGGGUAGACAGCCAGGACGUCUCGGCGCUGCGGCCCAUCCGGGACACGCCGAUGAACCCGUUCCUCGAGGGCGGGCCCGCAGACUCGGGUCUCGAGGGACCCCGAGCCGGCCAGGCACGCGCCAGAGCCCAGGCGUUCCCGGGCAAGGAAAGGGGCAAGAUCACCUACGUCUUUCGCGGCCAGCGCGUCGUCUACGCGGAUCCAGAGUAUGACUCUGACGACUCGGAUGAGGCCUACCAGCGGACAGGGCAGCGGCCUCCUCGGCUGCAGCCAAAGCUACUCUUCCCCGCGGCAUCGUCGUCGUCGUCGAGCAGGCCCGCGCCCUCGGCCUCGACCCAGGCGGGACCGUCAAAGCCUCGGGGAGGACUGUUUGCCGCCGAGAUCGCGGCAAGGGAGUCUGCCAAGCGGAAGGCACAAGGGCCGCCAGGCUGGCCGAGCGAGGCGAGCGCGAGGCUGCAGGCAAUGACUGGGAGCAGCAUCGAGCGAGAGCGCGAGGCGGAGGUGACCCGGCACGCGCAGGAGCGUCCGCACGGGCACGGGGCCCACGCCGGACUGCUUCCGCCGGCAUCGACAUGGAACACUGGGCCACGUUCGCAGCACCCGACCGGGGAAGGCUCGACGUCGAAGAGCGCGUCGGCCGACGAUCGAAGCGCAUUGCUUGCCAGGCUCGAGGAGGCCGGGUGGAGCGAAGAGGAUGGCGAGGGCGAGGUCGACGAGCACUACGCCGACAACGUCGCCGUCGGCGCAUCGACAGCCGCUGGCCAGCACGAAGCGGUCCUCAUGGAUGCGGAUUUGACGGGUGGGGCUGAACGGGCGAGCAAGCGGCCCCGGUUCGAGGCUCAUCCUCACGGGCAUCAGCGUUACGAGGCGCAAGGUGCGACAAGCUCGUACGGCGAUGGUCGGGCCCACGCCUCCGCCGCCGACCACACCGCCGCCACCGCGACCGCCGCUACUACCGCCGACCGGCGCGGUCCCGGGCUGAUGGCCGCGUUCCAGGAAGCUCGGGGCGGCAUGGCCAACGGCGGAAGCGGUGGCGUUGGUGCGCCCGUCCACGGCCGAGGGCUGGCGCAGCGCAUGAGGCGCAGAUAG